GAACAAUAAUCCAUAAAUUACAAGGAGAAGAUCCCGAUAACGAUCGUUUAAAAUUUGGAAUUCGAUUUCAAUCCGGAAGUGAAGUCAUCCGAAUCGAAAAUAUUUCAGAUAACGAAGCUAACAUUAUUUUAGAUCAAGAAUUAGAUAGAGAAACACGCGAUGAAUACGCUUUAGUUUUAACUUUAACGGAUGGAAAGCUUGGCUCGAAUAACUUCAUCACUCAAAGUCUAUUGAUCCUCGUUGAAGAUGUUAACGACAACGUUCCAAUUUUCAAACCGUAUCAACCCUCAAUAACACUUCGUGAAGAUUCAAAACCGGGUAUGGUAACAACUUUAGAAGCAACCGAUGCGGAUGAAGGAGCUUACGGUCAAGUCGUUUAUUAUUUACAACAAUCAGACGAAAAUUUAUUUUCAAUCACAACCAGUAUGGGGAAAGGAAUCAUCAAAUUAAUCGGCUCUUUGGAUUACGAACGACAAACUUUGCAUCAAGUUAAAGUUUUAGCGAUUGAUCGAGCGAAACAAGGUCGAAUUAAUACCGGAACGGCGGCUGUUGUUAUUAAAGUUGAAGAUGUUGAUGAUCGCCCACCCGAAUUCGUUAGGGUACUUCCGGUGGCGAGAAUUUCCGAGGGGGUUCCGAUUGGAACCGCGGUUAUGCAAGUGAAAGCAAUCGAUGGGGAUCGAGGAAUCAACAAUUCAAUCGGUUAUAGCAUCGGAAAAUUAACAGAAACUAAAUUUCAAUUAUUCGAAAUUGAGAAAAUGACUGGAAUCAUUUUUACGAAUAAAAUUUUAGACAGGGAAGCGUAUCAUUCAACAUCAGCAGCUCAUAUUUUACAGAUAACUGCAACAGAAAUUGGGAGCAAAUUAAAACCAGCGCCUUCAACUCAAACAGAAGUUACCAUAAUAAUCUCCGAUUUAAACGAUGAAACCCCAACGUUUAGAAGCAAAAAAUAUAAUUGCGAAAUUCCCGAAAAUUCGCCAACAAACACUCCAGUAACUUUCUUAGAAAAAGGAAUCCCUGAAGUUUACGAUUACGACCAGGGUAAUAACGGAACCUUUAAUUUAUUUCUAAAAGGGGCCGAAACAAUUUUCGAAAUAACUCCAAAUAAAGUAACCAACGAAGCAACGUUUAUGAUCCGAAUCAAAGAUCCAACCAUUUUAGACUACGAACAAAUUAAAGAAAUCAAUUUUACAAUAAUCGCAAAGGAAAUCGUUAAAUACAAACCCAAAUAUUCCGAGGUUCCCGUUAAAGUGACGAUUUUGGACCGCAACGAUAAUUACCCCGAAUUCGUAAAAAGUUCUUACGAAGUUUCUGUCCAGGAAAACUGCGAAAUUGGAACAACCGUCGCUUGGGUUCAAGCUUUAGAUGGAGAUAGCGGAAAUUAUGGCACUAAAGGGGUUCGAUACACGAAUUUAUCUGGAAGCAUCGAAAAUUUGUAAGAUUCAUAUUCACUAAAAUAAUUGACGUUGACGUUUGUGU